UUUAUUUAUCAGAACCAGUUCAGCAGCUUUCAGAAUUAAUCGUUAUCAUCUUUCAUUUUCCUUUAUUUUUUCUCUUUCUUUCUUCUCUCCCUCUCUCUUUGUCAUCACUACUCCUCCGCCUUAACACCAUCUCUCUCUCCCGCUCUCUCUUUCUUCCCCUCUCGGCUUUAGUCAAAAAUGAACCUAAUGAAAGUCUUGAAUUUUACAAGAUGAAAAAAGUAAACCGAAAUUCAGCUUUCUUCUUUUUCUUCUUCAUCUUCUCUUCAUUCAAUCUGUUUUCUUGAGGCUUCAAUGAUCAUCUAAAGGAUCUACCAUCAACAACCAAAAAACAACAACAACAAUAGCAACCCUUUACAUUAACCGGAUUAAAACCCUGACAAAAAUUAGACUGUUAUUUGAACCAACGUUACAAUUUGGACAAAUUUAAAAUCAAAGGUUUACAUCCUUUAGUGUCUUUCAACACAUUUGUUUUUUUUCUUGUAAAUUUUCGUGUUUAUCUCUAAAUCUCAUGCUACCAUGUAAAGGACAUCAUCUGAUGAACAUUCAUCAACAUCAUUAACCCUCAAGUGUGUUGUGAUUUUUGGCCAAAGUAAACCAACCAAUUUGUUUAAACAUCCAUCCAGUAUUAAGUGAACAAACCAAGGAAAGAAAAGCCAGUUUAAAGGUUAAUUUUAAUGAUUACAAGCAAAUAUUGGAUUCAAUAAUGUAUCUCAACGUAACAUGUAACCUUUACCAUUGUCAGUAUUGAUUGCAACUCAACUCUAAAUUUAAAUUGUCAAUUUACAACAAACUACAUCACCUACAUUUGGAUGUAACAUUUGUGAUUUUCUGCUAAGCCAUUCAUUUUGAGUCAGUAAACAUUGGCCAAUUCACAAAUCUCUUUUUUUAACCCAAAUUUUAACCCAAAAACCAAGAAAUAACAAUUGGUUCAACCUUAGCUGGCUUUGUAUUUUUCUGGAAAUCGUAACUAGCCAACAACCAAAAGCAUCAUACGCUACAAAAAUGAUUAUUAUCCAUUGAAACGGCUAUUACCGGAAAUUUUCAAUCAGGGCAACUUAACCCGUUAAGACUGUUGCCAACACUUGAUUCAUUGCUGUUGAUUUAUCACUUUCUGUGUGGAUAUCUUUUUCUUGCUGUUCAGCUCAAUCCUCAAAUUAUUGGAGAAAUUGAAAUUUUGCCAAACAAAUCCAGCUUAUCCCAGACCAGUGUAUAUAUCUCUUGUACUGUGGAUACCUUAAAAAGAUGAAUGUUAAUCAACUAACCUGGAAAGAUGCCUUUAGCCACAAAUAUGUGAUACUCUGUUUAAUUUGUGGAAGUUUAUUACUUCUUCUUGGUCUCGCUUUCAUCGUAAUCUAUCUCAUUUUAUCAAGUUACACUUCAUCACUUCAUUAUUUUGAAACCAUACCAACAUAUAUACCUGCAAUCACGCUCAUUGUAAAUGGCAUAAUUGUUUGUAUCUUAGCCAAACGUCAUCUGAGAUACUUUUAUUUGAUCAAAAUUUCAGGAGCCUUUUGCCUGAUUUGUGCGCUUAUUUGCGUUGUCACAACUGUAACAACAACUGUAAUCCAUUUGAAUAGAUUACAAAACCUCCAAGGAUGUGAAUACACAGCAUCAUCAAGUACCUGUAUAUGCAUGACAGGUUCAGCAAUAACAGGUUCAAAUGAUCCUUCGGUUCAAGUUACUGGACAUUCAAGUCAUUACGCUUUUCAAAAUAUACCAAACUGUGAUGUGGUUCAUGGCAGUCUCAAUACAUGUCUUAGAGCACUUUUUGGUGUCUCAGUUUUUGGAAUUUUAAUCUCCAUUUUCACUUCCAUGCUAGUCUACCAAUUGAUGAGCCAUGAAAAGAAGAGAAAAUAUCUUGAACAAUUGGAAUCACGACGAAGAUUUCAUCAGCAUGCAUUCUCUAGACGAGGCCAUGAUCCGCUUGGUCCACCAUUUCCUUUACUCUCCUAUCCACCACCACAUGCACUUGCUGCUCAAGGAUGUUCAGCCUUUAUGGAUGAUAUUUUUUACCCAACCAAUGGAUCAAACGGUAACGUACCUGGACGAGGAGGCUGGAUGUGGCCAGCACCGCCACCUCCUCCUUGGGAUCUUAUUGAUUACCGAAGCUAUUGUACUCCUACAUAUGAUGGAACAACUGGUCCGUGUCCGACAAGUUCUCCAAGCGAUCCUAAUGGUACUAUUUCUGGUGAUACAGUAGUGAAUAGUCCUUCAGGCCUUUUACCUGAAGGAACAGGAGCUCGUGUUGCUGAAGAGUCUGCACGUAAUGAAAGUGAAUCUCGAACAUUGGCCAGUUUUCUGUUUAGUUGGCUGUUUAACCGAGAACAAAGGGAAAACAGACGACAACCCACUUCAAGACGUCUUAUCUCUCGAGAACAAGGACGUGGUCGCACCAUCAAUUCAACAGAAUGUCCAGAAGUAAUGGUGACUGAAAAUCGUUUUAAUCACAGAUCACCAAAUCGCUAUGGACUUUUACCUCCUCCACAUUCACCGCCUCCACCACCACCUCCUUUAACACCGACAUUACCUCCUCCUCACCAUCCUUUGCUUCCUGUUGGACAUUUUUCACCUCUACUUGUACCACUUCAUCCUUCUUAUCGUUCAGCAAUUAGAAACCGAUCAUUGGCUCGGUUAAAUACUCGAAGAACGCGAUCAAACGAUGCCAUUUUCCAUCAUUUACAUAGUAUGGCUUAUGCACACCCUCCACCACCACCCUUUUACAAUGGACCGCCGCUUUUAAAUUCACCUCAGUCACUGUUUGCGGCUUGGGGACCGCCACCACCAUACUCGCAACCUUCGUCAUUGGAAAACAUAGCGUCUGGUCACAACAAUGAUUCAAAUGGUGUUAACGGCAAUUCUGGCGCUUCUCAAGGUAAUACCAAUACUAAUAAUUUAAGUCAUGAUGUCAAUAAUAGUAAUCACCAUCAUCGCAACAACAAUAAUAAUAAUAAUAAUAAUGGAAUGAAUCGAAGACAUAAUCAAAUUAAUUCAGCUUCGAAUGGUUUGGUUGACUCUGAUGGAUAUGAUAAUUCUUCAUCAAAAUUAUCAACUCCAAUUUCUGAGCGACGAAUGUUGUGUAAUGCUUUCUCAUCUGAUGGAAUUACUUUGACUAUUGGUGGACCAGUGGUUACAACUCCAUCAAAAAGUUCUUGCAUUGUUGAAGUUCAUGUUCAAGAUGAUCCAGUUCAUCAUGAUGUAACCUCUACACUCAACUCUGAAUCAAUAGCCUUUAACAGUUUACACAACAAAAAGAAAGACGAGUUAACUUAUCACCACAACUCGUACAAAUCGUUAUCCAAUGUUCCAAUCAACUUGUCCAGUAAACAAUUUUCAGUCCACCAUGACAUGACCAAAGCAAUAGAUAGCAUUAUCUAUGAGCAAAAUGAAUCAAAUGAAGAUAGUAAUUUUGAAUGUAUAAUUAAUGAAAACUAUCUUGAUAAGGACGAUGCAGUGUUAACCAAUGUUUCUCGAAAACCUUCAGUAAUCUACAACACAAGAACUUCAAUAGAUUCAGAUUGUUCAAAAUCUGAAAAUGAAUCUAAUAUAAAUGUGCAUCCAAACACCAUUGUGAUACCAACCGUUCCAUCAACAAUCAUAGUUGGUUCAUCUACAUCAACCUUUGGUUAUUCCUCGUCAACUUCAAGUGAUGGUACACAUAAUUUUUCUUCGCCAACAUCACAGUCCGUCAAUCAAUUGAUGAAUGUUAACUCUGUUGAAAAUUUUGACCCAGGUCACAAGUGUGGUGAAUAUAAAAAUUGUGACCUUAUUGUGAACCAAUCAAAUUCAUCUUCCGUUAGCGUGGGUUUCGAUGAAGUUCAUAGAGCAAUUUUCAAUACAAGGUCAAACUCAAUAAAAUCUGAUUGUAUGGCUACCAUUAAUGGUAAUUUAUCCAACCAAGCAAGCUCUAGUAACGGUAAUCAGUCAAAUUCAUCUACUUCAUCGACGACAACAACGACUGCAACCAAUCCCUUGUCAACUUUGAACAGUAACACAAAAGAAGCCAAUUGUCCAGAAACGGGUAGUCAUCAGGGUAAAGUAAUUGGUUCUAAUGAGACAGGAAAACGGCAGGAGAUGAAGUACAUGCAAACACAAUCAAUGCCCAAUUUAAGUUAUGUUGCUGCUGUUUCAAUCGCUGCCAGUCCAUCACACCAAACAUCAAGUGCAACUUCAUCAUGUCAAGUUACUCCUCAGCAUGAAUCAAAAGACGGUAAACAAUAUCCAUCCUCUGGAAAUACUUCAACAUCUCAGGACAUUGCUGAUUUGGAAUUAGAGUUAGAUGAGGAACCCUUGUGUUACUUGCCCGAUUUACCAUACGAUGGAUCCCAUAGAGCAAUUAAACCAAAUAGUUUAAGUGAACUAUCAAAUACUCCACAAUAUCUAGACAUAAAUGUAACAAAAAUUAAGCCUCCAACACCGUUUGCCAACUGCCCUUCGGAACCAACAUCCGAGUCUUCUUCUAGUACAAUUAGUAACAAUACAUCUAAAUCCGAUGAGAUCAAAAAUCAUCUCAAACCACAAUCAACUGGAGUUGGAGAAAAUAUGAUUGUUACCAUUCGAAGUAUUCAAGUUUGAACUGGUUAGUUUAUGACUAGUGAUUGAAGUUGUUUUUAAUUGUUAUCCAAAUUAUUCGUUUGUUGUUCUUCUAAAUUGUCUUAUUCUCAAGUCACAACCAAAAUUGCCAUAAAACUUCAACUUGAAUUGCUCCAAAAACAACCAAAAUAAAACCUUUAGAUGAAUUAUGGGAUCCAGACAACGAACUUGUUGAAGCAUGAGUUCAUGAAAAAAUAUCACUUUCAUCAUCGUAAUUAUCUUUUUUUGCCGGUGUGUGGUAUGCAUCAUAAUUUUCCAUUUCAACUGAUUCCAAAUCUAUCUCUGUGCAUUUUAUCCGGAUCCACUGCUUCCUAGUCAUAGAGGCAUGAACAAUUGGAUGGAAUGUGAAUAAACAUGGAAAAGAGCCACAGAUUAAUCAGCAUUUAUGCCGUUUUCACAUUUAGAACUUAAUACAACUAUGAUUUGAAUUAAUCUAAUCAAAGCCAGUACCGACAUAACAAAGAUAUAUCGACCAUUAACGUGUAAAAAAUAUGAAGUGAUAAAGCUGUAUGACAAAGGAAAAAGAUUGUCCGAGAAAUUUAAUUUUUCACCGCUCCAAAGACCUUCGAAAAAUAACAAUCUUCGAGAUCCCAGUUGUAGUAUUUUUGCCACUAAAAGUAAAAUGAUCUCAAAAUCCUGCAAAUCAAAGAAAGAAAACAAAUUAAUAAAUCAAAAAAAACAUGGAAUUCUGAAUUAUUCUGAGUUAGACUAACAAAGCAAACUACUUUAACAUUAUUAUUAGCAGAAACAACAAUGCUUUCAUUGCCAUAUAAGAUUCAUAAUGUUUAAAAAUCUUGCAUUGGAUUGUUCUCCAAUUAUAAAUUAAUGUAAAUAAAAUUAUCAAUUGUUAACAAUUAA